GGCGUUGCCUGACGGGACCAGUGAAUGGGCCGCUCUGACGCCCGAGCGAUGAGCCAUGUGGCGACUGCUGCUGCUGCUGCUGCUGGUGGUGGUCGGGCCGCGACCGCACCACGCCCACCGGUCCGAUGACCCCACCGCUGGUCCAGUGAAUGGCCUCUCGUGCAUCUUCUGUGAAAACGUUCAGAGCAAUUUCAUCUGCAACAGGUUCGCCAUUGACACUCCGUGUCCCGCUGGUACCGAGUUCUGUCGCACCUUGCACAUCAUGGACUGGUCAGGAGUGAGCCUGGUGGUGAACAAACACUGCGCGACGGCCGACCAGUGCCGGGAGGACCAGGUCGGCUGUCUGCAGCAGGACCGGCAGAGGACGUGCGUCUCCUGCUGCGACGACUCAUUCUGCAAUGUGCCCGUGCCGACCAACUACUCCAACGCAGUGCUGGACAUCAAGCCGACGGCGCCGACCCGGGCGGUGACCUCGGCCGGGGCGGGUCACGCCGUCCGCUGGAGGCGGGCAGUGCUGCUCACGACGCUGCGCCUGGCGCUCAUCGACACCGGCUGACCCGGCCUAGGCCUGUAACGGCCCGGCACGGGGGUCCCGAGCGGGCGCCUCACACGGUCCGCGCAUCGACCCCGGACGUCUGUGACCAGCCCGCGGGCGACGCCCGGCUGGGCAGGAGCGCGCUCAUCGGGCCGCGUCCGGACCGGCCGCGGUGUCGACCCUCGGUGCGCUGUCGGCCCACCUCGUGUCGGAGCGGGCAGGAUGAGCAGGCUGAGCAGGCUGAGCAGGUUGACGGGGUCCUGGCCGCUGUGCGCAGCCGUAGACUGCAGCCGCACGGCCGCCGGUGGCCGGCUUCCACCAGCCACAGCACUGUGUCGGCGAGGCGGCACGGCGAGACACUCCGUGACACCGGUCCCCUCGCCGCCGGCGUGUCAACAGUGACGCUCGGCUCCCCGGUCACACAGCGCGUCACGGACGGAGCCCCGCGGCGCCGACGGUGCAAGCUGUUGUCCACCGACUCGUGACCGACACAGUGUCACAAACGGGCGUAAAUACUGGCCGUCGGUUGGCGCUGUUUGUAUUCGAUAAGCUAUGAUGACAUGUGUCAUAUAUAUACAACUGUGUGGCCUAUAAUUUGGAAUUUGGAGUUCAAGCAAUGUGGCAUCUGUCGCGUGACCUUUCUUUCCCGUAUUCGUGCUUUACGUGAACGUAACUUGUGUUGUGUCUGUGUUAUUUAUCAGCGUAGUGUUUUGUUGGGAUUGCUCUUUGCCUGAGCCUUAAGUAUUCCUUUGGUGGUUGUAUUAUAUCACAUGAAUAAUUGGUGUACUUCGUUAUACGCGAGUUCCGGGAAAGGCGAAUGUACAACUGCAGUUUAGACCCCAGUUUUUUGUGACACUGGUUCAAGAGUGAUCCAAGAAUGGGAGGUUUACACCAUGAUAAAUGUUACCAUGUAUCUUGUCCCCCGUACAUCAUACACAUUCGGUUUCCUAAUGCCCGAGAACAGUGGUAUCCGGUUUCCUAAUGCUCGAGAACAGUGGUAUCCGGUUUCCCAAUGCCCGAGAACAGUGGUUUGGUCAUGACACCAGAAUGCAUGUGUGUGAUAUGUCCGUGUGCUCGGUGCGUGGGUCAUCUUAUUUUGAUGAAAUGACCUCGAUUUACUGGAGCCGUGUACAUUGAAUAUCCCAAAUACUAACCAUACUAAAUGGCCUGUCGCAACGUUACAGCAUGUGGACGUCUGCCGUGAAAGGCAAACAGCAUGCAAUGGGCAAGUGGACGCGACAAACAUGUCGCCCGCAGCUGUGUCUUAAGAUGCUGGUUGCAUUCAUGCCAGCAAAAGCUUGCCGUGCCCAG